ACAAAACAAGUAGAUUUUUAAAUUCUUUGACAAGAUGAGUACGAUUUUGGAAAAAAUCGCGGCCAUUGAGUCUGAGAUGGCACGUACCCAAAAAAACAAAGCCACUUCAGCUCACUUGGGUCUGCUUAAGGCAAAAUUGGCCAAAUUAAGAAGAGAAUUGAUUUCUCCCAAAGGAGGCGGCGGCGGUGCUGGAGAACAAGGUUUUGAAGUUGCAAAGACUGGUGAUGCUCGGGUCGGGUUUGUAGGUUUUCCGUCAGUGGGAAAAUCCACAUUGCUCUCCAAUUUGGCUGGUGUUUAUUCUGAGGUGGCCGCCUACGAGUUCACAACUCUAACAACGGUGCCGGGUUGUAUCAAAUACAAAGGAGCCAAAAUUCAGCUAUUGGAUUUGCCUGGUAUUAUUGAGGGCGCCAAGGAUGGUAAGGGUCGUGGUCGUCAAGUUAUUGCCGUGGCACGUACCUGUAAUUUGAUAUUUAUGGUACUCGAUUGUCUGAAACCUUUGGGCCACAAGAAACUUCUGGAACAUGAAUUGGAAGGUUUUGGCAUACGCCUAAACAAAAAGCCACCAAAUAUCUAUUUCAAACGUAAGGACAAGGGUGGUGUCAAUUUGAACAGUAUGGUGCCACAAUCGGAAUUGGACUCUGAUAUGGUGAAGACCAUUUUAUCGGAAUAUAAAAUACACAAUGCUGAUAUUACUCUGCGCUACGAUGCCACCAGUGAUGAUUUAAUUGAUGUCAUUGAAGGCAAUCGCAUUUAUAUACCCUGCAUAUAUCUGCUAAAUAAAAUCGAUCAAAUUUCCAUUGAGGAAUUGGAUGUAAUUUAUAAAAUACCACAUUGUGUACCCAUAUCGGCUCAUCAUCGUUGGAAUUUUGAUGAUUUGUUGGAGAAAAUGUGGGAAUAUUUGCAGUUGGUGCGAAUUUACACCAAACCCAAAGGCCAAUUGCCAGAUUACAGUUCACCCAUUGUGUUGAAUAGUGAACGUACAACAAUACAAGAUUUCUGUAAUAAAUUGCAUAGAAGUAUUGCCAAGGAAUUCAAAUAUGCCUUGGUUUGGGGUUCUUCUGUGAAACAUCAACCUCAAAAGGUUGGUAUCGAUCAUGUACUCAACGACGAAGAUGUUGUGCAAAUUGUUAAGAAGGUCUAAGAGACAAAUCAGUUGAAAAUUUUGAAU